AUGUCUGCCAACAACCGCGUCCGUGUCGAGGCCGAGAAUGACGUGGCCAGCUCCCUCGCCCAGCUCCGCCAGGCCCAGGCCCUCCACGCCCAGCAGCAGCUCGGACCCGACGCCGUCCCUGCCAUCUGGUCCGCCCUCCGCCGCCAGUUCUGGCGCCACGCCGUCCGCCGCCACCUUGCUGCCGGCCUCGUGCCCCUCCAGGACGACGUCCGCGACUUCGCCCCCUUCCUGCGCCACCAGCUCUCCCUCCCGGAGAUAGAGUUCUCCCUCUUCGUCGUCUUCCGCGACCACCGCUCGCACAUGCGCAGCAACGCCGUCGGCGCCGAGCUCAGGCGCCGCUACAACGCCUUCAAGGGCAACGCCGCCGCCGCCGCCAAGUCCGAGGACGACUGCGCCUUUAAGUUGGGCACCACCGUCCUCCGCUCUGUCACCGCCCUCAAGACCCUCAACUCGCUCCUGAACCCCCGCGCCGGCGCCUCCUUCUCCCCCGCCGAUGUCUUCCUCGAGGUCCGCAGACAGAUGCUGUUGCGCAACCAAGACGUCGACGAGAUGCCCGAACCGACCCCCGCCGAUGUCGCCACCGCCGCCAGUGUUCUCCGCGUCCGCCGCGCCACCAGCGCCCUCAGCUCCGCCCGGCCGACACCCGCUCCCGCCCAGCAAGACGCCUCCGGCCCCACCGCCUCCAAGAGACCCGCCUCGCCUUUGGCCGGCCCCCCCGCCCGACGCCCCUGUCUUCAUCUCCUUGAUGAGGAAGAGGAGAACGAGGACGAAGAGGCGAACGAGGACGAAGAGGAGAACGAGGACGAAGAGGAGAACGAGGCCGAGAAGCAUGAGGCCGAGAAUGAGGAAGAGCCCGAGGGCGAGUCCAAGGACCAGCGCGGGGAUGACGGAGCCGGUGGCCUUUUCCCGCUCCCACACCCACUCUUGCUUUCUCUCCCUCUGCUGCGCCCCGAGACCCCUGGCCGUGAGGGCCCCCGCCACCGCGACCCCUCCCCGCGCCUGAGCUCUCCGGCCCCACUUCGGAGCCCCGUCCUCGGCAUCCGCAGCCCGGACCACCGCCCCCGGACGCCUCCCCCGCCUCCGGCCUCCUCUCCUAACGGAGACGUAUUCCACACCCCGCUCGCCGUCAGCCAAUCCCGCCCUCCAAGCCCCCGCGAUAUCCUCCCCCUUGCUGACACGCCCCCUCCUGCCCGCGCUGCUCCGGCCGGCGCCGCCCCUGCCGCCAGUCCCUUCGACUUGGAGGAGGACCCCGUCGGUGUCGCCCACCGCUACCUGGACAUCGUGCGACAGAUCCGCGACAUGCCGGAGCCCCGGGGCAGCAUCCUCUGGCGCUGCGCCAUCUACACCCUCCGUCAGGCCGCCGAGUCUGUGGCUGCCUGGUGUGAGCUGGUGCUGGAUGAAGACGCCAUGGGCGAGCAGUGA